AUGAGAAUGACCGAAUGCUGGUGGUAUUUCGCCGCGGUUCCUUGUGUGCGGCUAGACUUAAAAGGUAGUUAUAAAGAAUUCAAAGACUGGGACACAGCAAGUUACCUUUUCGGUUCCGGGUUGAAAACAAGGGGCACUCGCGGUUUUUGCGCACUAAUAGGCCCUCACAGAAUUAGCUUCGAGAAAGAGGGCGCGCAAGUUAGACCGUCCGAGCGGCCGCGCGGCGGCGCGCGGCGGAAUUGCGGCCUCGACCUUGGCCGUCAAAGCAGCGCAUGCGUCCCGCGUCGCCCCCCUCACGUCCCUCCGCCAAUUAUGUCAUUAUUUUUGCUGCUGUUGUGUUGCCAAACACUGUCGCGCUCUGCUGGAGAUGGAUCCUGA